UCCGCAACCAUUUUAAUCUUCUACAGUACGGUUUUUUUCGCCAUCAAAUCACAACAUCCUCAACUGGACAAUCGUGUGCUUCGUUCAACAAAUAAUAGAUCUCGCACUAACCCAAGAUGGCUGCUUCCUGUGCUGCAUUCUCCAUGUCCAAAAUAAUCCAAUCUUUUCGGGCUGGAUUUGCUGGCAACACUUUGAAAGUAUUUGGAACAACCGUCACAACUCACAGGAAUAAGACGAUGCUGACUGGAAAUAACAUUCCUCCUCCAGCAAAGUAUGGCGGCAGACAUACUGUCACUCUCAUUCCUGGAGAUGGAAUCGGUCCAGAGCUGUUUAGUCACGUCAGGGAAGUGUUCAGGUUCAGCUGUGUACCCGUGGACUUCGAGGUGGUACAAGUCAAUUCUGCCUUGGAGACUGAAGAUGACAUCAAUAACGCCAUCACUGCCAUUCGCCGUAAUGGAGUAGCCCUCAAAGGUAACAUAGAAACCAAACACACCAUGCCCCCUUCUGUCAAAUCCAGGAAUAAUCUUCUUCGUACAAGCUUGGACCUGUAUGCCAAUGUGAUGCAUUGCCAGUCCCUCCCAGGCGUCCAGACUCGCCACAAGAACAUUGACAUUAUGAUCAUCCGAGAGAACACCGAGGGAGAGUACAGCAGUCUGGAGCAUGAGAGUGUGUCCGGUGUUGUGGAGUCUCUUAAGAUAAUCACCAGGAACAAUUCCCUCCGAAUUGCGGAAUACGCCUUCCGGCUGGCUAGAGAGAAGGGCCGACGAAGGGUCACGGCUGUCCACAAGGCCAACAUCAUGAAACUGGGCGACGGCUUGUUCUUGCAGUGUUGCAGAGAGGUGGCCUCGGGGUACCCCGACAUCACAUUCGAUAGCAUGAUCGUGGACAACACCACCAUGCAGCUGGUGUCCAAGCCUCAGCAGUUUGAUGUGAUGGUGAUGCCCAACCUUUACGGCAAUGUGGUGAGCAACGUGUGCGCCGGCCUGGUGGGAGGGCCCGGCCUCGUGCCCGGAGCCAAUUACGGCCGUGACUACGCCGUUUUUGAAACGGCCACGAGGAACACUGGCAAGAGUAUCGCAAACAAGAACAUUGCAAACCCCACAGCCCUGUUGCUUGCCAGUUGCAUGAUGCUUGACCAUCUUAAGCUGUAUGAUUACGCAACUCUGAUCCGGAAUGCGGUACUCACAACCAUGAAUGAAACCCAGUUGCACACAGCAGACAUUGGAGGGCAGGGCACCACAUCAGAAGUGGUUCAGUCCAUCAUGCGAAUCAUCCAGAGCAAAGGACAACGCACAGCUGAGAUGUAAAUAUCGAACACUUCACUGACGGCCCUCACAUGUGCACACAUCGUCAUUUGUAUUUUAGACCUCUGAACAGUAAUUUUUCCAAGUGUGUUUCUGAUGAUGCUUAUUCCGUGCUAACUUGAUAUCGGCCCAUUCCCAGUCACUUUACUGUAGCCUACUGUUCUCCCAUUGAUCUUCUGCUAAGCCAAACCCUGGAAACACUCGCUGGCUAAGCACGGUUUGACUCAUUCCUGGCAUCACUCAAAUUCAGUGAGAUGCACUUUUCAAGGCUAGGGUUUAAUCCGACUCUUUCCAAAGCUAUUAUGGUUAAGCAAUGGCCUUGAGGCAUCUACGCAAGUCCCAAGUCAUAUCCUGAGAUGCUGAAAGGAAUAUCAAAAUGAAAUGCAAACGCUAGCUAAAGCUUUGUGGUUGUCAAGAAUCAGAAGACACAACCCUAGCUGUUCCAAGACAAGCAAUUUACUUGUACUUUUCGGGAAGAUUGUUAUCUUCUGUUGUAAGUUCGCUCACAAAAAAAAACAUUACAAUAUUUUCUAGCCUCGUGAAGCCUCGUUAUUUAUGGAGCUAUAUUUUUCAACUUUCAGUUGACCAUACUGUGCAAUGAAUGACUUCCUGCUGUGCUGUAAUUAUGAUACAAAAUGCCACCGUACUCUACAAGUUGUGUCUGAAAAGUAACGGCACUCUUAUGUUACUAACUGUACUAUCUUGUAUGUUGACAGCAUAUCAACCAAACAACUCAAUUUGAAUGCAUACUGUGCACCGCGACAUUACAAGCUUUUUGUCUUUAGUGAAUGUGGACACUUUUUUUUGCAUGGUUGUACUCUAUAACAUACAUAUCAAUAAAGAUUCGUUUUUUGGG